AUGAGCACCCGCACCGACCUUGCCGAGCGCGCCUUCGAUGUCAUUGUGGUGGGAGGAGGGGUAGUCGGCGCCGCGACUGCGAGCUCUCUUGGAAGAUCGGGCCGCAAGGUGUUGCUUUUGGAACGCGAUCUCACGGAACCUGAUCGGAUUGUCGGCGAAUUGCUUCAACCAGGCGGUGUACGAGCUUUGCGCUUGCUCGGUCUGCUCGACUGUUUGGAAGGCAUCGAUGCAGCACCAGUCCACGGAUACCACGUCUUCCAGGGCAGGCGGUCCGUGCCCAUUCCGUACCCCAACGAGAGCCCAGAGGCUCGAGAGCUGGGCAUACAAUCGACAAGCGGCAGAGUAGAGGGCAGAAGCUUCCAUCAUGGCCGAUUCGUGCAAGCCUUGAGACGAGCCGCCAUGGCUCAACCGAACGUGACAACCAUCCAGGCCACCGUCACUUCGCUGAAUGAGGAUGAGGCCGCGGGAAAGGUCACAGGAAUCACCGCGACCAUCAAGCAUCCCACUACCUCCUCACAACAGCCGACACCCGUCUCUCAAGAGAUCUCUUGCUCCGCACCUUUGACCAUCGUGGUUGAUGGCUGCUUCUCCAAGUUCCGACGCACCCAUGGCUCGAGCAUUGCCCCCAUCGUGCGGUCCAAUUUUGUCGCCUUGGAACUUCACAACGCACCCUUGCCAAGUCCAAAUCAUGGCCACGUCGUGCUGGGCCCUGCUGGUCCUACGCUCCUGUACCAGAUCAGCGCAAGCGACACGCGGGUCUUGAUCGAUGUGCCUGGAGAAAAGUUGCCGUCGCAAUCUAGCGGCGCACUUCAAGCACACAUCAGAGAAAAAGUGAUUCCCCAACUUCCAGAGGUGCUACGGGAGUGUGUGGGCAAGGAACUAGGCAGGAGUUCAAGGUUCCGCAGCAUGCCGAACAGCUUCUUGCCGCCGAGCAUGCAAGGUCAGAACAAGAACAGGCAGGGCGUCAUCUUGGUGGGUGAUGCCAUGAACAUGCGCCAUCCCUUGACUGGUGGUGAGUGAGAUCAACGCACAGCCUAUGCGAAUGGACCGUGGCUGACGUUCGGUCUCUUUGCUUUUCUGUCGCCAGGCGGAAUGACUGUGGGAUUGUGGGACGUAGUGCAUCUGACAAUGGCUCUUGGAGGGCCAGACUGGUCACCCAAGCCACGCAUGAAACCCGUCGCGGACCUGACAUCCUGGAACUCCUUAAAGCCGGCAUUGAGAUCCUGGCACUGGGAACGCAAAAAGCUUGCUAGCAUGAUCAACAUUCUGGCCCAAGCGCUCUACAGUCUGUUCGGAGCUGAGGAUGCGAAUCUGGAGGUGCUUAGAGAAGGCUGCUUUGCUUACUUUGAGUUGGGGGGUGAAUGCGUGGGUGGACCUGUGCGGCUGCUGUCCGGUCUGUCCCCCGAACCUUGGUUAUUGGUCUAUCACUUCUUUAGCGUGGCUCUGUAUGCCAUCUACAUGCUCUUCAAGCAGCCUUAUGUACACAAGGGAGAGAAGGAACCCAGGGCGCCUUCCAUCUUGGAAUGGCCAGCUCUGUUCUUGAGGUCCAUUGCGGUACUAUACACGGCGUGCGUGGUCCUCUUGCCAGUCGCAGCUACGGAGCUCAAGAGCAACAUUCCAAACUUUUCCAAGGGAGCGGGAGCGCUAUCGAAGGCGCACAAAAGCGGGUCCAGCGAUCUGCCAUCUGCUCAAACGUUGCUGUCUGCAUUGGCUUGCAUCGCAGCGUUGCUCUACUUCUGGAAUGGUCAACAGCAAGGCGAGCAAAGCAACCUGAGCCAGACUCGCAUCUUUCCAGCUGCUCUUGCGAUGGGCUUCGGAGGCCGGUAA